AUGAACAGGAGGGAACGCUGAGCCCCAGGCUGCGGACACCAGCCCAGAGAGUAACCGAGGUCACCUCUGCAGCUGCGGGCUCUUCGUCCCCCCUCCCCUCUGCUGCUUGUCUGUCUGUCUUGGACCGUCGCAUCUGUGGCUUUGGGACAGGGACAGAAGACCCCGGGCGUGUAGGCGGAUGCCUUGCCUCUGGGCACGUGUGUGUGCAGGUGACCAUGAGGGUGCCCGUGCGUGUGUGAGAUGUGCCCGUGUGUCCUGACCGCUUCCCCAGCCAAGCAGAGAGGGCGACCUUGAGGAGCCAGUGGGCACAGCGGCACCAUGGCCUCGGCCGCCUCUGUGAGCAGUCUGGUGGAUGAGGUCAGCUGCCCCAUCUGCCAAGGCACCCUCAGGGAGCCGGUCACCAUCGACUGCGGCCACAACUUCUGCCGCAGCUGCCUGACCCGCUACUGUGAGGUCCCGGGCCCGGAGCCAGAGGAGUCCCUCGCCUGCCCGCUCUGCAAGCAGUCCUUCCGCCCGGCGGGCUUGCGGCCCAACUGGCAGCUGGCCAGCGUGGUGGACAACAUCGAGCGCCUCAGGCUGGCGCCCACGCCGGGCCUGGACGAGGAGGACGUGUGCAAGGAGCACGGGGAGAAGAUCUACUUCUUCUGCGAGGACGAUGAGACGCAGCUGUGCGUGCUGUGCCGCGAGGCCUGGGCGCACCAGGCCCACACCGUGCGCUUCCUGGAGGACGCAGCCGGGCCCUACCGGGAGCAGAUACAGAAGUGUCUUGAGGGUCUAAGAAAAGAGAGAGAAGAGAUUCAAAGAAUCCAGGCAAGAGAAAACCAGAGGACCCAAGUCCUGCUGUCGCAGGUGGCCACCAAGAGGCAGAAAGUGAUUUUCGAGUUUGCGUAUCUGAGCCAGUUCCUGGAGGAACAGCAAAGCGUCCUCCUGGCCCAGCUGGAGGCGCUGGAUGCGGACAUCUUGAGGCAACGGGAGGAGUUCGACGUGCUGGUCAGUGAGGAGAUCUGCCGCUUUGGCAGCCUGAUCUCAGAACUGGAGGAGAAGAAUGAGAGGCCAGCGCGAGGGCUCCUGACGGACAUCAGAAGUACUCUGCUCAGAUGUGAGACCAGGAAGUGCCGGAGACCAGAGGCUGUGUCCCCUGAGCUGGGCCAGAGGAUUCGGGACUUCCCGCAGCAGGCUGUCCCACUGCAGAGGAAGGUGAAGCUGUUUCUGGAGAAACUCUGCUUCGAGUUGGACUAUGAGCCAGCGUGCCUCUCUCUGGACCCCCAGACCUCGCACCCGAAGCUCCUGCUGUCUGAGGACCACCAGCGGGCUCAGUUCUCCUACAAAUGGCAGAGCUCGCCGGACAACCCGGAGCGUUUCGACCGGGCCACCUGCGUCCUGGCCCGCGGUGGCUUCACGGGGGGGCGGCACACGUGGCUGGUAAAGCUGGACCUGGCCCACGGGGGCAGCUGCACGGUGGGUGUGGCCCGUGAGGAUGUGCGGCGGAAGGGGGAGCUGAGGCAGCGGCCCGAGGAGGGCGUGUGGGCCGUGAGGCUGGCCUGGGGCUUCGUCUCGGCUCUGGGCUCCUUCCCCACGCGGCUGGCCCUGGAGGAGCAGCCCCGGCAGGUGCGGGUGUCCCUGGACUACGAGGUGGGCUGGGUGACCUUCGCCAACGCCAUCAGCCAGCAGCCCAUCUACACCUUCACUGCCUCCUUCACCCAGAAGGUCCUCCCCUUCUUCGGGCUCUGGGGCCGAGGCUCCAGCUUCUCCCUGAGUUCCUGAGAGGGCACGGCCGCCCUCCUCCAAGUCCAGACUCAUCCGGGGGAACAGAAAUGUGUCGGCUGAGGACUUUGCAAGGACCAGGGCAGUGCCCUGCAGUCUGCUGACCCACCUCUCUCUGGGACCCCCAGCAGAGGCCAGCGCAUGCGGGGGGCGGACCCUGGCGAGUCCCCAGCCUGAGAUCAACCAGCUGUGUGAUCACAGGCAGGGCACAGGCCUACGUCACAUCUUCUCCCAAAAACAUCGGGUUCGUUCCCUCGCACCCUCCAGAAUCAUUUAGUGUGUGCUGACCGUGAACCAGGCAGGAUGGCAACCCCUGGCGGUCUGAAAAGGAAAAGGAAAAACUUCAGGAUCUGAAGGAACUCACACACCAGACAGAGGACAUGGGAGUGAUGGAGGCUGGGGAUGAGCCGCCCUGGCGGUUGGGGAGCUCAGAGGAUGGGGCCUGGCCCCCCCGGGAGGGCUUUCUGGAAAGGAUGGCUCUGAGAGAUGAGUGUGUUCAGAGGGGGAAGGAGGGAUGGCUGACUGGUGGCCCCGGGCCAUAUUGGGCCGCAGUCCUUGUGAGACCCUGACGCCACUGAGGCCUCCCUCCGCCCGGGGGGGCUCUUUCGCCUGAGACCAAGGUGUGGGUCUUGCUGGGAGGCGAGGCCGUAACCCAUGGACCCUACAUUCCCCUGCAGAGAAUCUUACUCCACUCUGCUGAUCGCCACCUGGGGCCUGGAAAGGGUGGGCAGGGGUGAGGCUUAGCUGUGGAGCCAAGAUGCAGGGGUGCAGAAUAGCAGGUGGGGGGGGGGCGGGGUGCUGGGUAAACUGCACCAGAGUUCACGCAGCUCCAGGCAUCAGGGGGAGAGGAGGGAGCCAGCUCAGGGAAGGGCACGUGCAGGAUGCCAGGAGAGACCAGGCUGCGUGGGGCCGCGUGGUACGGGGGAUGCCGUCCGGUGCGGACCUGGGACGGGCACGAGCACUAGAGUGUGGAGAAGGACUUCGGUCGCCCCGGGUGGAAUGUUAACUCCUGUGUGCAAUAAAAGCAUUGUCUUCAUGCA